CCCUGUGGCCGCCGCUCUUUGCGGCGGCAGGUACUUGCUGGAGGGGGUGAGGAGGGUGAACAAGUAGGCUGGCUUCACCAGGUGUCCGUCGAAUUAAGAAAAAAAGAAUGAUGCCAGCUGCCAUUUUGUGAGGUCUUUGUCCCUGUCUUCUUAAAGUCUUCCUUAAAUCUCCCGGUGAGGAGGGCCCCCAUUGAUAGAACACAGAGGAGGAAGUGAGCCCCGCGAGGUCGAGGACUGCUGGAUGCUGCAAAAUGCAGAUUGCGCUCAGGCUCUGACCUCAGAGACCGACAGCCCUCCACCCCUUCCUUCAUUGUUGGCGUGCGUUGUAAUCCUUGACCACUCAAGGCUAAAGAACGAUGACAAUUAACUUGAGCCUUAGGCCUGGCAUAGUGCCUGAUGUAAUAUACACCCUCAGUAAAUGUUUUUUUUCUCGGUGCUGCGAGUGGCUGAGAUGCUGCGGUGCAGGGGAGCCCAGGCCCCGCACGGUCUGGUUGGGGCACCCCGAGAAGAGGGACCAGAGAUACCCUCGAAAUGUCAUCAACAAUCAGAAGUACAACUUCUUCACCUUUUUGCCUGGGGUGCUGUUUAACCAGUUCAAAUACUUCUUCAACCUCUACUUCCUACUUCUCGCCUGCUCCCAGUUCGUCCCCGAAAUGCGACUGGGAGCCCUGUACACCUACUGGGUUCCCCUGGGCUUCGUGCUGGCUGUCACCAUCAUCCGAGAGGCGGUGGAGGAGAUCCGAUGCUACGUCCGAGACAAGGAAGUCAACUCGCAGGUCUACAGCCGGCUCACAGCCAGAGGGACAGUGAAGGUGAAGAGCUCCAGCAUCCAAGUUGGAGAUCUUAUCAUUGUGGAAAAGAACCAGCGGGUCCCUGCUGACAUGAUCUUCCUGAGGACAUCAGAAAAAAACGGGUCUUGCUUCCUGCGGACGGAUCAGCUGGACGGGGAGACGGACUGGAAACUUCGGCUUCCCGUGGCCUGCACGCAGAGGCUGCCCACCGCUGCUGACCUUCUUCAGAUUCGAUCGUACGUGUAUGCAGAGGAGCCAAACAUCGACAUUCACAACUUCGUGGGGACUUUCACCAGAGAGGACAGCGACGCCCCGAUCAGCGAGAGCCUGAGCAUAGAGAACGCGCUCUGGGCGGGCACAGUCACCGCGUCAGGUACUAUUGUGGGUGUUGUUCUUUACACGGGGAGAGAACUCCGGAGUGUCAUGAAUACCUCAAAUCCUCGAAGUAAGAUUGGCCUGUUUGACCUGGAAGUGAACUGCCUAACAAAGAUCCUCUUUGGAGCUUUGGUGGUGGUGUCUCUGGUCAUGGUCGCCCUCCAGCACUUCGCCGGACGUUGGUACCUACAGAUCAUCCGCUUCCUCCUUUUGUUUUCCAACAUCAUUCCCAUCAGUCUGCGUGUGAACCUGGACAUGGGCAAGAUCGUGUACAGCUGGGUGAUUCGCAGGGAUUCAAAAAUCCCCGGGACGGUGGUUCGCUCCAGCACGAUUCCCGAGCAGCUGGGGAGGAUUUCCUACCUACUCACGGAUAAGACUGGAACUCUUACCCAGAAUGAGAUGGUUUUCAAACGGCUCCAUCUAGGCACCGUGGCCUAUGGCCUCGACUCAAUGGAUGAAGUACAAAGCCACAUUUUUAGUAUUUAUACCCAGCAAUCCCAGGACCCGCCCGCCCAGAAGGGCCCCGCGCUCACCACCAAAGUGCGGAGGACCAUGAGCAGCCGCGUGCACGAAGCCGUCAAGGCCAUCGCGCUGUGCCACAACGUCACCCCCGUAUACGAGUCCAACGGUGUCACCGACCAGGCCGAGGCGGAGAAGCAGUACGAGGACUCCUGCCGCGUGUACCAGGCGUCCAGCCCGGACGAGGUGGCCCUGGUGCAGUGGACCGAAAGUGUGGGCUUAACCCUGGUGGGCCGUGACCAGUCCUCCAUGCAGCUGAGGACCCCUGGUGACCAGAUCCUGAACUUCACCAUCUUGCAGAUCUUCCCUUUCACCUACGAAAGCAAACGCAUGGGCAUCAUCGUGAGGGACGAAUCGACUGGGGAGAUUACGUUUUACAUGAAGGGAGCGGAUGUCGUCAUGGCCGGCAUCGUGCAGUACAACGACUGGCUGGAGGAAGAGUGUGGAAACAUGGCCCGGGAAGGGCUGCGGGUGCUUGUGGUGGCGAAGAAAUCUCUAGCAGAGGAGCAGUAUCAAGACUUUGAGGCCCGCUAUGUCCAGGCCAAGCUGAGUGUGCACGACCGUUCCCUCAAAGUGGCCACAGUGAUCGAGAGCCUGGAGAUGGAGAUGGAGCUGCUGUGCCUGACAGGGGUGGAGGACCAGCUCCAGGCGGACGUGAGGCCCACCCUGGAGACCCUGAGGAACGCCGGCAUCAAGGUUUGGAUGCUGACGGGGGACAAGCUGGAGACAGCGACAUGCACAGCAAAGAACGCCCAUCUGGUGACCAGAAACCAAGACAUCCACGUUUUUCGGCUGGUGACCAACCGCGGCGAGGCCCACCUCGAGCUGAACGCCUUCCGCAGGAAGCACGACUGUGCCCUAGUCAUCUCCGGAGACUCCCUGGAGGUUUGCCUCAAGUACUACGAGUACGAGUUCAUGGAGCUGGCCUGCCAGUGCCCGGCCGUGGUCUGCUGCCGCUGCGCGCCCACCCAGAAGGCCCAGAUCGUACGCCUGCUCCAGGAGCGCACGGGGAAGCUCACGUGUGCAGUAGGUGAUGGAGGCAAUGAUGUCAGUAUGAUCCAAGAAUCGGACUGCGGUGUGGGUGUCGAGGGAAAGGAAGGAAAACAGGCUUCGCUGGCUGCGGACUUCUCCAUCACUCAGUUCAAGCACCUGGGCCGGCUGCUCAUGGUGCACGGCCGGAAUAGCUACAAGCGCUCGGCCGCCCUCAGCCAGUUCGUGAUCCACAGGAGCCUCUGCAUCAGCACCAUGCAGGCUGUCUUUUCCUCCGUGUUUUACUUUGCCUCCGUUCCUCUCUAUCAAGGAUUCCUCAUCAUUGGGUACUCCACCAUCUAUACCAUGUUUCCUGUGUUUUCUCUGGUCCUGGACAAAGAUGUCAAGUCAGAAGUUGCCAUGCUGUACCCUGAGCUCUACAAGGAUCUCCUCAAGGGACGGCCGUUGUCCUACAAGACAUUCUUGAUAUGGGUUUUGAUCAGCAUCUAUCAAGGCAGCACCAUCAUGUACGGGGCGCUGCUGCUCUUCGAGUCGGAGUUCGUGCACAUUGUGGCGAUUUCCUUCACGUCGUUGAUCCUCACGGAGCUGCUCAUGGUGGCCCUGACCAUCCAGACCUGGCACUGGCUUAUGACGGUGGCCGAGCUGCUCAGCCUGGCCUGCUACAUCGCCUCCCUGGUGUUCCUCCACGAGUUUAUCGACGUGUACUUCAUUGCCACAUUGUCCUUCUUGUGGAAAGUGUCUGUCAUCACUCUGGUCAGCUGUCUGCCCCUCUAUGUCCUCAAGUACCUGCGAAGGCGGUUCUCCCCUCCCAGCUACUCGAAGCUCACGUCCUAGGCCGUGCGCUCGGGAGAGGACCCCGGUCUCCGCACUCUCCUGGUAGACAGAGUUCAAGUUGCAUUUCUGUUAACCACCACCCGUGGAUUGUGCAGUGGUGGCUCCCACGUGCAGUUCUGACAUGAAGAGGCUCUGCGCUUCCACGGAGCCCGACACCGAAUAAACAGGAGGGAGGCGCCUAAGAGGGCCCCACGUGGGCCUGUCUGAGCCCCUGGUGGUUCCCAGUCGAGUGAAUGUGACUGUGUGAAAACCGGUGACUCAGCCGAGAGAUUUAUUCAUGGGUCACUGUGCAGGCUUCCUUAUGACUUGAAUUUUGUUGUCAUGUGAUAAAAGUUUCCGUCUAGUCGAAGACCGUAGAGGGUUUUUUGGUUGUUGUUUUAAACAAUCCUAAUGUGUGUGCACUUUUACAUCAUUCUGCUCUUAAAAAACUGGUUUCAGAGAAGGACAAAGCUCUCAGUAUAGGUUUGGGGGAAAAGACGGUGACAUUUGAUAAAAAGUUAACCAGACAAUAAUCUCAAUUUGGAAAUGCUAAAUAUCCUCUCUAAGGCAGCCUUGCUUAUCAGAACGGCACUGGAUUCCUAGGAUUACAGAAAACCACAUGAGAAGAGAGCAGAGGAGAGAGAGAACCGUAAAUCCAAAUCCGGUAUGUUAUCCUUCCUCCAAUUCAGCAUCUGUGGCCCUGGAGUUAACAUCACCUGUCACCUCGUAAAAGAAUUUCAAAGGUGUUAUCUUGCUUUGUUCGGAUCUGGUAACAAUUACAAAGCCGGUGGCUAUCUGAGGACACUCAGACAUUUUCAGCAGAGCUGUUUUAGCAGGAAACGUGCUACUGAACGGCCCCCUAAAUGUGUCGACAGUGUGACAAGAGACUCAGCUAAUUCUUUAGGCAACAUAGCACAUGUGACUCAGACCCUCUGAGUCUAGAGGGGAAAGGUCGGGGACUGGGGCUCUUUACGUCCACAGAAAUCUGUUUCCUGUUAGGAGGAAUUACUGAGGACACAACGACAGAGGCAGAGGCGUCUUAGCACGCUGCCAUUCAUCAGUGGCAGCUUUGAGCGAGGAGCCCCAGUGGAAGGAGGCCCGGGCUGCAGCUCUGGGGUCUGGGCUCCAUUGUGCUGCCUACAGAUUUCAAGGGGGAGCUCGCUGGAAGGCAGCCAGGAUUAGAGAUUCCUCUCCCCACCAGGGUGGGGCCCACGCAUGUGUGUUUCCUAUAAAGCUGUGGCUUCUUGUUUCAGGGGAAGAAGAGAAUUUUCAAGCGCUGGAUGUGGCCCGGCAAAGCUUUCUUGGGUUUUCAAGUCUCUCCUGGCAGAAGCCACAUGUGUGUGCCAGAGGAUUCGGUUGGUGGGUCUGCAAGAGCUGAUCGUGCUCGAGAUCUUAGAUUUGUGAUUAAUUCUUUAUGAGUACAUCCCCUCCAGCCCUUCAGCCUGGUUCUUCUUCAUGUGCUUCAGAGAUGUAAGUUAUGGCCACCACCCCUAGGGUAAGCCUGUUCUUGGAGAGCUGGGGACACGAGGCCCUUGACUUUGGAGCACUCGAUGUGCUCGUGUAUUUCUGUUGCCCUUUUAAAACUUUAUAGAAUGACAGUAAGUUGCAGGCGCUGCGAAAUUGGCUAUGACAUCACUUCUGUUUUAGUUUUAAGAUUCUGCAGUUUUGCAGGAUUUUUUCCCCAUUCUGUCCCAGCCAUUUCUGCCACACAGAAAACAUUUACAGGAAGUAAAUGUUGUAUUGAAUGAAUGGUUCUUCAGGAAGAGGAUCUUUGUCCAAAACUUUGAGAAGGGGCGAGCAGGUCUGACGUCUUUGCUGGGUGAUUUUAUGUGAUUUCAGAGGUGGAGUGAGAGGACGUUGUGCUCAGCGUUUUUUUGUACCUGUCUGUCUUCUUGGAAGUCAGCCUGUAUAACCGGAAGUCUACAGGUACUUCUGUUCCCAGUCCUCAAACCCUGAACUUGACCUUGUUCACAGACAGGU